AGGGCAUUGCUUAAUGUCGAUAGCUAAGCAACAACAGCUGAGCUCCGCGCGCAGAACGUCCAUGGCCAUGGUGGGAGCAAAGUGCUGCCUAGUCCUCAGCUGCUUCCCGUACGUGCUCCUAGCCAUAUCCAGCUGCCUUCUUCCUCGAGUCACCUCGCUUACCUUCGACUAUAACUUCUCCGCCCCGGGCGUCCUCGCCGGCGCUGACCUCAAGUACAUGAACGACUCCGGCCCCGCCCUCGGCCGGGACCGGAUCGACCUCACGAACCUCUCUAGGAGCUGGAGCACCGGCCGCGUCGGCCACCGGCAGGCCGUGCGUCUCUGGGACGACAGCACCGGCAAGGUCGCCAGCUUCAGCACCAACUUCACCUUCGCCGUCAAGCCCCUCAACGCCACCACGAGCCAGGCGAGCAUAAUUCGACCCUCACCUUUCUGUAGCCUGUAAUGUAACUAAGUAUGUAUAUCCAUGACAUGCCUGCGCUCACCGCAGCAGGGUGAUGGCAUGGGGUUCUUCGUGGGGCCUUACCCGGCGAGCCUGCCGACCGACGCCUCCGGCGGCUUCCUGGCGCUGUUCAACAACCGCGGCAACCCGGCGAACACCUUCUUCCCGCCAACCGUCGGUGUGGAGUUCGACACGUUCAGGAACGUCGACUGGGACCCCAACGACACCGUGAACCACCUCGGCGUCAACGUCAACAGCAUCAGCUCCAUGGCGUACGCGGCGCUGCCGGACGGGAGCUUCAAUGGGGUCAUGUCAGCGUCGGUCAGGUACGACGCCGGUGCCGCCACGCUCUCGGCCACUCUGCACAUGCCAGAGCAGAGGACUUACACCGUCAGUGCCAGCGUGGACAUGAGAGCCGCCGGUCUGCCACAGGACGCGGCGGUCGGAUUCUCGGCGGCCAUCGGGGACUUGGUCGAGCAGCACCAGAUCCUUUCUUGGUCGUUCGAGUCCACUCUCACCGUCACCGAUUACAAAACCUCGAAGAGGAAAAGGACAGGUCUAAAUCUAAUAGCGGGGCUGGUAUCCGUCGGUGUCUUCGUCUUGUUGGCCGUGGCCGCAUGGCUCGGCUACCUCCAGUAUCUGAAAAGAAAGGGCAAGCACACGCAAGAGGCGUCUGAAGAUGCCGAGGAGAUCCCCGUCGGCGUAGACAUGGACAACGAGUUCGAGAAAGGGGCAGGCCCUCGGAGGUUCGGUUACGGCGAGCUGUCGCGGGCGACCAAGGGGUUCUCCGACGAGGAGAAGCUCGGCGAGGGCGGCUUCGGGGCGGUCUACCGAGGGCACCUGCACGAGCAGGGGCUCCACGUGGCCAUCAAAAGGGUCUCCAAGACGUCGAGUCAGGGGAGGAGGGAGUACGUCGCGGAGGUGACCAUCAUCGGGCGGCUGAGGCACCGCAACCUCGUUCAGCUCGUCGGGUGGUGCCACGAGGCCGACGAGCUCCUGCUCGUCUACGAGCUCAUGACGAACGGCAGCCUCGACGACCAUCUCUAUGCUUCCAAGAGCGUCCUCGCGUGGCCAGCCAGGUACAGGAUCAUUCUCGGCAUGGGCUCGGCGCUGCUCUACCUGCACCAGGAGUGGGAGCAGUGCGUGGUGCACAGGGACAUCAAGCCCAGCAACGUGAUGCUCGACGCGUCGUUCAACGCGAGGCUGGGGGACUUCGGGCUCGCGCGCCUCGUCGACCACUGCCGCGGCGCGCACACGACGACGCUGGCCGGCACCAGGGGGUACAUGGACCCGCAGUGCGCGGUGACCAGCCGGGCCAGCGCCGAGACCGACGUCUACAGCUUCGGGGUUGUCCUCCUCGAGGUCGCCUGCGGACGGAGGCCCGUCGUCCCGCAGCUGGAGGAGGAGGAUGAGGGGAGGGUCAUGCUCGUGCGGUGGGUCUGGGAGCUGUACGGGAGAGGCACGCUCCUCGUCGACGCGGCGGACGCGCGGCUCGACGGCGACCUGGACGCGCGUGAGAUGGAGCGCGCGCUGGUCGUGGGCCUCUGGUGCGUGCACCCGGACUACGGCUUCCGGCCGUCCAUCCGACAGGCCAUGAGCGUGCUACAGUUCGAAGCACCGCUUCCAGACCUGCCGCCGGAGAUGCCGGUGGCCACGUACGCGCGGGCGCCGCACAGGUCGACCUACACGUCGUCGUCGACUGGGGGUUCCAGUUCCAGCACAGGUGGACGCUCGAUCACAAGUGACCUUACGGCGGAGAGCCGUCGUCCCUGGGCCAAUGCCGACACGAGGAGCGCCACGAGGCCCAUUGCGUUCACGACGAAUCAGACGAGCGAGGGCACCAGAGCGGCUGAACGUCGUGCUGCCGCCGCGCGCCUUCUACAUGCCGAGGAGCCUGUAAAACUUAGUGUAGUCGUCGUCGUCGCUGUCUCCAUGCCAGCAGCCGUCCUUGCUACACCCCUGGCCCGCGUCGCCGAUGCGUGA